AACAUGGCAACCAACAUAUGAGUAGUGGCAGUUUGUAUGAUGAGAACAAUAUGGAUGCUAAUCAGGAAUUUGGCGACCAACAUAUGAGUAAUGGCAGUUUGUAUGAUGAGGACAAUAUGGAUGCUAAUCAGGAACUUGAAGAUAACUUGGAUUAUAGUGACCUAGAAAGCAUAUAUAACGGAAAUGAAUUUAGCGAUGAUAUAAAUAGUGGUAGUUUAGAUGAAGAAUGUCUGUUGUUACGUAAAAUGUAA